GAAAAGAAAGAGAAAAAUAAUGAAUAUAGAAUUUUCAUUAAAGAAGCUUAGAGUAGGCCUUCCAGGCUUGACUCUUCCAGAGCUUCUUGUUGUCCAUCGAAAGUUCAAAAAAUAAAAAAUUCAGAUUGUUAGGAAAAUAAAAUGAAAUUACAUUUAUAUGGUGAUUUUUAAAUUUCUAUUAAAGACAAAGGCAAUUUCAAGAAAACCUUCAUCCAGAAAAUGGGGAACCCAAACAGGCCUUAAAGGUUUGUUAACUUUCCAGCAAAGCAAACAGAGCCCUACGGACAGAAGCCAGUUGGGCAGAGCAAGUCUCUCAUCCCGCCUUUCUCUCUCUAGAAAGAUCCGCAUCUCUUUCCGCAGGAGAUGGGGUUUCUGAGAAGGAUCGCGGGCAUUCUAGGGUUUGCUAAAGAUGAACCUCACGAAACCAGGGACGUAGACGAUGAAAACGAUGUCGUUCGCGAUCGCACUAGCAGAGAGGAAGUGGAGGUUGAGGAUACUCGCCUUCCUCGUAAAGGCUUCAGCGUCCCCGCCCAGGUCGUCAUCGAAAGAGGCCCUCUUCUCGUCCCCUGCACAUCUGGCGAGGGUGGAGUCCAGGGAUUAAAAUGGUAUGCAAAGCGUCUGAGAGUAGAUGAAGAUGGGGAUGUGGCAGAUGAGUUCAUCGAUGAGGUCUCACCAGACACAUCAUCUAGUGCAGAAGAUCAUCGCAGGCCAUUACCAAGGUUUCAAGUGAAUUACCGUAACCGAGCAGCCAAAGUGAGGAACCAGAAAAUGUCCCUUGAUGGGAAAAUCCAACAGGGACUAGAAUUUCAAGGUAGAUUGAUGUGGGUAUGACGGACCUUUCUGAAGAAAGUAAUCUUUUAGUUUAUAGCAUACGUAUGUUAUGAGCUUUUAUUCUUUUGAGAUUGACGUGUGCUCUUUCCUUGUGGUAUCAAUUAUACAACCAUGUACCCCAUUCUAUCGAUCUCGGCCAUAUGAGGGUUCUUAGAAAUGGGCCUUCAAGGAUCUAGUUUGUUUGUCUGUUAGAAGACAUGAACAUCCCUGAGCUGGGGCCUGUAGAAAAUUGUUGAGAUGCUAAGAGAGAAAUGUAUACAUUUAACUUUGGGUCA